UAAAAUGUCACCUCAACUUGCAACAAAUGUUCACGAAGGUAUCCAUCUAAAUUUUGCUACAAAUUGUUAUUUUGUUAGCGGAAAUUAUGAAUAUUAUCAUUAUUUAUGUGAUGGUUUUGAUGACAGGGGUUGGGGAUGCGGGUAUAGAACGUUACAAACAAUAUGUUCCUGGAUGAAACUGAAUUACAAUAAUUCUAUCGAUGUGCCGAGUAUUAGAGACAUUCAGGAAAUUUUAGUUGAAAUGCAAGACAAACCACAUUCUUUUUUAAAUUCCAGGCAGUGGAUUGGCAGUUUUGAGGUUUGUCUUGUCAUAGAUAAAGUUUAUGAUGUGCCAUGUAAAAUACUUCAUGUCAAUAAGGGUGAUAACUUAGAAAAUAUAGUAGACAAUUUGAAGAACCAUUUUGAAAAAUUUGGUAGCCCCAUUAUGAUGGGAGGUGAUGUUGACUGUUCAUCAAAGGGCAUAAUGGGUGUGCACAUAGAUGGUGUAAAUUCUAGCUUAUUAAUUGUGGAUCCACAUUAUGUUGGUAAGGAGCCAUCAAAAGAUUUCUUGCAAAACAAGGGCUGGGUAAAAUGGCAACCUAUAAAAGAUUUUCUGAGCAUGUCAUUUUAUAACUUAUGUUUGCCACAAGCAUAAGCUAAAUGUAAAUUGACAUAAAUCUUAAAGACGGAGCAAUUUAUUGCAAACUUGUGAUUUUAAUAAAUAAAAUGUAUACAUUU